GACAAAUGUCAACAGGAGCUGGCUCUCGUGAGUUUGGCGCUAAUUAUUUUCGUUGUUACUAUGGGAGACACUACCAGAGCAUAAAUUGAAUUUCGUGACAAAAACAAAAUUAUGUAUUUCCAUACAGAGCGUGUUAUUUUUAAUUCACGAAACUCGAUUUGAUAUUGACCCCUGCACGGUUGAAACACACUUGACGAAGUUCUAAGUGUGACAACAUCAACAGAGGUAUCGCAAGUGCUUAAUAAGGGGUCAGUCUCCUAGUUCUUGCCAUAAUGCCGACAACAGCGCCUGAAAUCGAAGAACCGGGUCGACUCAAGACGAAGCUCGUCGAAAUCCUCACGCAGAAAGAUGGAAAGGGUCUGCAGAUGCUUGAUGAUGACUUUGGCGGCGUUCGUGGGAUCAUACAUCGACUACAAACCUCCAGCAAGAAGGGAAUACUCGACACUUCAGAUGCUCUCGCUAGAAGAACAAAAAGCUUCGGUUCUAACCGAAUCAGCGGUCAAGCCAAGAGGAGAGGCUUCUUUCGAGCGUUGUUAUACUCAAUGACUGACAUUGUCUUGAUUUUGCUAGUGUUAGGAGGCAUAGCUUCCGUCAUCCUUGGGUAUUACUACAGAGAAGUUUGUAAAGGAAAAUACAUACCGGAUUCAGAGAAGAAUGCGUGGAUGGAAGGAGCUGGAAUCCUGGGCACUGCCGCAGUGAUAGUGCUGCUUUCUACCCUUAGUGAUUACCUUCGGGAGAAAUCAUUCUACCGUCUGCAAAAGCGAAUAGAAAGCGAGCGAAAGACCCGAGUCAUGCGAGGAGGCGAAAUGAAAGAGAUUUGCUAUCAAGACGUGAAAGUUGGAGACUUGUGUGUUAUCGGGCCUGGGAGCAUCAUCCCUGCUGAUGGCAUCCUAGUCGAGAACACCGAGUUGACAACGGAUGAGAGUUCCUUAAACAAGGAGUCCAGGGCUUCUAAAACCUCCCGCGAUCCGUUCGUAUUUGCCAGUACGCACGUCACAGAGGGGAGCGGAAAGAUGAUCAUCCUUGCAGUCGGCGACUCUACUCAAAUAGCUGCCAUAACAAGACAACAACCAAAACAGAAAGUCGACGAUGAGUUUGACCCCGACGAUUUCAGACAAACCCUGCACGGGAAACUUACGAUGGCAUCAGCAAUACUCGGGCUCAUCGGCAUCAUAAUCGGCAUCAUAGUUGGCCUCGUCCUUCUCAUAAGCUUCCUUGUGAAGACCUAUGAGAUUGAUAAUAUCCCUUACGACGCGAGCCACUGGAAUGAGAUCAUCAAGACCUUCAUCAUCGCUGUGGUCAUCAUCAUUGUUGCCGAGCCAGAGGGUCUGUCCAUGGCCGUCACAAUCACCUUGUCCAGGUCUUUGAGAAACAUGUGUGCUCAGGACAUCUUUGUGCGCAAUGCCGACGUUCUGGAGACGAUGGGGAGUGUUACUACCUUGUGUUGUAACAAGACCGGAGUACUGACCGCUGUGAGCAAGAUACCUCUGUACGAGGAGGUGGCCGAGUGCUUUGUAGGAGGGAAACACUUCCGUGGGGACACCUCCCAUUACAAAUCUGACAUCGCGGUAAAAGUUGUGCACGAGGUAGCCAAAGGAAUCGCGAUCAACACCAGCUACAAUUCCAACAUCCAGGUUUCUUCAUCCGAGCGCAACCAAGUUGGCGAUAUCACUGAGUGUGCGCUGCUGCAGUUCACCGCUGACCUGGGAGUGUACUACCCCUUCAUACGAGAGGCGAAUCCAUGCGAGGAGUUCAGCAAAGUCUUUCCGUUCAGCCCGGAAACGAGGUCCAUGACAACAGUCGUCAAGGAGAAUGCCACCUACAAGGUAUAUUGCAAGGGAUCACCGGAAGUCGUCCUGCCUCGAUGCGUAAGACUGCUGAACAUGGAUGAGCAAGAGGAAACGCUGGAUGCUGAUAGGCUCAAGAAAGUUAAUGACAUCAUCACGGCGAUGCAGGAGAAGAGUCAACUUAAAGUCAUGUGUCUGGCGUAUGGAACCACGCCUUUCAAAGGAGAAGCAUUUCCGCCAUGGGAGAACGAGAACGAUGUUGCUGUCGGUCUGACCUUGGCUGCUGUGGUCGGAAUCCAGGGAACACUCGGAAACCAGGUUGCCGGUAGUCGAAUGAAGGUGACUGAGGGGCGCGUGAUUGGUAAGAUUCCAUUCAGCGGGCCGAAUUUCGACUUACGAGUGCACGCCAAGGCGUUGGACAAGGAGCUGGUGGAUGACUUCUGUCGCUCGGUUGCUGUCAACACCAGCUAUUUGGCAGAGAUACAAAACGAGGAUAAUGAUAAACUCCCCAGACACGUGGGUGACCCUGUGGACUGCGCGCUUCUGGAGUUCGUGCUACAGAUGGGAAGGGCGUACCAACACUGGCGCGACGAGUACCCUGAACAGCGGCAUGUGCAUGAGUGGAUCAGCUACUCGUCCGCCCAAGCCAGCAAGCAGUACCGAGCGACAGCCAUCAAGAUCGUAGAAAAGCCAGUCUACAAAGUCUACCUUAAGGGUGGAGCUGAUGCCGUUCUCGCCAGGUGUACUCAAAUAGUGAUGAAUCAUCCCGGUGAAGUCAUGCCUAUGGAUGACGCCCAACGCGAGAAUAUUUUGUUAACCCUCAAGCGAAUGCAGCAGAGACAGCUACGAGUAGUAGCCUUCGCUGUCAGGGAGUUCACGGAGGAGCCGAACUGGGAUGAGGAAAACCGUAUUCUAUCAGACAUGCAUUUCGUGGGUUUCGUUGGCAUGGAGGAAAGUGUCAGAGGAGAGGUGUCGGAAGCCAUACUAAGAUGCCGCCGAGCCGGGUUGAUGAUUACCAUGGUAACAGGCGCAAGUCUGCAGACCGCAGGCUCAUUUGCGCAGAACUGCGGUAUACUCACUCCGAACAAGUAUUGGCCAGCGGUCGAGAAAACCAUUAUCGGCUAUGACAGCAAGCUACUGAAUGAAGAGAUCAGUGAUGACUCUGGGAAGAUCUCUCAAGUCGAGUUUGACAAGCUGUGGCCUGACGUGCGCGUCGUGUCCCGGUGUACCCCGGAGGGCAAGCGCUCGUUCAUGCAGGCGAUCAGACGCAGCCGCGUGCGGCGUGAGGGUGAGGUUGUCGCCGUGGUCGCGUCCGGUGUGCACGAUGCGAACUUCCUUAGAGACGCAGAUGUUGGACUAAGCAUGGGCGCAACAGGAACUGAUAUUGCUCAAGAGGCGAGUGAUAUCGUGCUCAAAGGUGAUAAGUUUAGCAGCGUCCUGGAUACGAUCAAAUGGGGACGUCACAUCUACGAGACAGUACUCAAGUUCCUCCAGUUCCAACUGACGGCUACCUGGGUGACGAUGAUCGUGCUUAUCAUCGGGGCAAUCCUAUUCCAGAAAAGCAUCUUCUCCGCGGCUCAGCUCUUAUGGCUGAACUUGAUAAUGGACGCACUGGCUUCACUCGCUCUCACCGGCGACCACCCGACCGACGACAUCCUACGCCACAAGCCUUACGGGCGAAACAAACCGCUCAUAUCACGUGCCGUGCUGCGUAACGUAAUCGGUCACGCAAUCUAUCAGAUCGCUGUGGUUUUCAUCGUGAUUUACCUGAUAGCGGACUUUACGGACACGCGGUUCGGGUACAGCGCGGAGAGCUUGUGUCGCCCCACUCAGCAUUCCACCAUGGUAUUCACGACGUUCAUCCUCAUGCAGCUUUUCAACGAGGUCAACUGCAGGCGUGUCUCCAGCAGAAACGUGUUCUCUGGGCCGUUCGACUGGGUCUUUCUGAUUGUCUUGCUUCUAUGCAUUGGAGUACAGAUCAUAAUCGUUCAAUUCUUCACCAACUCAUUCCGUGUCGAGCCUCUGGAUUGGCAGCAGUGGUUGUGGUGCUUUUUCUUCGGCUUCUCGGAGCUCAUCUGGGGACAGAUCAUCUUCUCGGUCCCUAAGGGCGUCAUCCCGCGGUUCUUCAGGUGCUGCAGCAGGGGCGUGGGCCCUGGUACGGGGGGCUGCUGUGCCGCAUUGACGUGUCUGAGGGGUAUCCGGAGCAAGAAGCAAAGGAAGAGUGUCUUGUACGAAUUCUAUGGAGCCGGCCACCACGCAUCAACACGCUCACGAGGAGGAUCUGCUAACUCGGUCAGGCCUGUGGUGUGACGUCAUGGCACCUGGAGGCCUGUGGUGUGACGUCAUGGCACUCGAAAGCUUGUGACUUCAUGGCACUCGAAGGCUUGUGGUGUGACGUCAUGGCACUCGAAGGCUUGUGGUGUGACGUCAUGGCCAUCGAAGGCUUGUGGUGUGACGUCAUGGCACUCGAAGGCUUGUGGUGUGACGUUAUGGCACUCGAAGGCUUGUGGUGUGACGUCAUGGCACACGAAGGCCUAUGGUGUGAUGUCAUGGCAUUUGAAGGCUUGUGGUGUGACGUCAUGGCACUCGAAGGCUUGUUGAGACGCUACGUAACAAUUUUUUUAGUAUAUCAAUUACGACAAACCAGUGGUAUGACGUCAUUCCACUAAUGAUUUUUAACCGUCGCAGUGUGACGAUAAUUAACACUGGAACAUUAAUAUCAAACACUGAGAAGUUAAAAAAUCACAUAAUUUGUUUUAUAAAAAAUACGAACGAGGAAGUAAACCUAGUCACUAAGAUGCCUGCAACAUGAUGUCAUUAUUUUUUUCAGAUCAAAGCACUUCCAUAAACAAUUCAGAAUUACGUCACAUUCUUAGAUGUAAGUCUCUUAUGACAUCACAUCCAAUAAGUUUGACAUUAGGAAAGCGUAUACAUUCUGUAAAGUGUUUUGCUAAAGAAUGCCCAUAUAUAUAUAUAUAUAUUUUGCAUCGCCAAGUAAAAGAAAUGAGUCUUUUUUUUUAAGUAAUAGUGAAUUCAUUCGCUACAAUAUUUUAUAAUAAAUGCAGUGCAUAUUCAACAUACAAUAUUUAUCACUAUCGUACAACAAUCAUAUAUAUAAUCGUUUGUAUCAAAACACGUUCUUCAAUAGAAAUAAAAUCCAUUAACUCAA